UGCUAUCACUAUAAAUACCAGCCAUGCGAAUUCAGCUUCCUCCGUACAAUUAAGAACGCUCGAUUUCAUCAAAUUUCCUUCUGUAUUCGAAGAAAAAUGGCUACUUCAAUUCUUGGAUCUCCAGAUUACAUUAGAGGCCGGAUUCGCCACCAAAACCUAACCGUUGCCCCUCCUUUCAAGAAAUCUGACCCUAGUUUCUCCGAUUCUCACCGCCGCAGGUACCGGAACUUCAAUCACCGGAGUAGAUCCAAAUCUCGCUCCAUGGUGGCCAAGCUUCCUGCUAGAAAUCUGGCUAUCGGCGAUGUCAAGAUUUUGAGGCGCGGGGAAUCGUUAACGAAGAGUGAUAAUCGUAAUCCUAGAGUGGAGGUAGGACGAGAUGGAGAUCUGGUUUUGGGAUCCACGGAAAGGUUAAGAACUUGUCCGGAGACGAUUAAUAAAGUCGUGGAUGGGAUGUUUGUUGGAUCUGCAUUUGUAGUAUCGCCGCCGCCUAGUUCGCUGCCGGUCCCGGCUUUUUUGGGGAAGAACAGUAAUGGAGCAGCAACAGAUGAUCUUCGGCGAUUAUUACGACUAGAUUUGGUUUAAGUUAGCCUUCUGUUUUUCCAGUUCUUUGAUUGCUUGCAAUUGGACACUCAUGUCAUGUUCUUUCCUUUAUUUUUUCAAGGGGAAGGGGUUGAGUGCCAACAAAUGUUUGUGAUCUUUGUUUGUAGCAGUAUGAAUUAGGAGAUACAAAUUUGUCGUUUUUUACCCAAAUUUUAGGUAAUUGGGGUGCUUCUGUAUAUUCUUCGAGUCUCUAUGUCUUCGUUUGUGUCUCUGUUUGUAGUGCUUUUAUACCUUUAAUGCAAUAAAAUUAUCACAGUUCUUGUA